AUGUAUCUUCAUCAAUACGACUACAUCUUUGCUAUCGGCACGCUCUUUGCGAUGCUCGAUGCCUACAACAACGGUGCAAACGAUGUGGCCAAUUCCUGGGCAACUAGUGUUUCCUCCCGCUCCAUUUCAUACAGACAGGCCAUGAUCCUCGGUACAAUCUUUGAGUUUCUUGGUGCUGUUUGUGUUGGAUCCCGAACCGCCGAUACCAUCAAGAACGGAAUCAUCCCUCUCACGGCAUUCCAGAACAAUGCAGGUGUUCAGAUGAUGGCGUUUACCUGUGCUCUUGCUGCCGCCUCUUCCUGGGUUAUGUGGUGCACUCGACACUCUGCUCAUGUUUCAUCUACCUACUCCCUCAUCUCAGCUGUUGCUGGUGUUGGUGUUGCAACUGUCGGUGCCUCAGAAGUUCAGUGGGGUUGGAACAAGGGUAAGGGUCUGGGUGCUAUCUUUGCAGGCCUGGGAAUGGCCCCGAUUAUCUCGGGUUGCUUUGCCGCAAUUAUCUUCAUGUUGAUCAAGGUUAUUGUUCAUAUGCGCCGCAACCCAGUUCCAUGGGCUGUUUACAGUGCUCCCCUUUGGUUCCUCGUUGCUGCCACUAUCUGCACUUUGUCUAUCGUCUACAAAGGUUCUCCCAGUCUGGGCUUGACCUCAAAGCCUGCCUGGUACAUUGCUUCCGUUACUAUGGGAUGUGGUGUUGGUGUCUGCAUUCUUUCGGCCAUUUUCUUUGUUCCAUUUGUUCACGCCAGAGUGAUCAAGAAGGACCACUCAGUGAAAUGGUGGAUGUUCAUCAUGGGUCCUGCGCUUCUCAAUCGUCCCACCCCUACAGAUGGUGAGGUGGCCAAGGUCCCCAACUACGCCGUCGUGCAGGAUGACUAUGAGGACAAGACCGAGACCCAUGAGCAUGGCUCAGUCGAUGGCAACACUCAGACAUCCUCAGUCGAUGAUGGCGAGAAGAAUGCUGUUGCAGUGGAAACCAACCAGCUCAGCUACAAGGACAUUAUGACUCAGUCUGAGGAGAAGCACCGUAACAAACUUCUGAAGGGUCGUGGACCUCUUGGUUGGGCGAUGCGCUUCCUUCGCGACAACCCCAUGGGCCCUGGAGAGAUCUACGAGCUCCGCAAUGUGUUGAUUCUUCUCAAGCGUAUUCCUGCUAUUAUCACCUGUGGUCUUCUGUACGGUGCCCAUUAUGAUAUUCACACUGCUCAGACUGGUGUUGCCGGCACACCCGAGGGCAAGCGCAUGAAGCGUGUCUACGAUGCCGCUGAGAAGUAUCCCAACGAAGUCGAACACACCUACUCCUUUAUUCAGGUCUUGACUGCCUGCACUGCUUCCUUUGCUCACGGUGCCAACGACAUUGGAAACUCCGUUGGUCCCUGGGCAGCUAUCUACGCCGCCUGGUCCACUGGUGAUGCUGCCGCGGCCAAGUCUCCUGUCCCCGUCUGGCAACUUGCCGUCCUGGCUCUGUGUAUCUCCAUUGGCCUGAUCACCUAUGGAUACAACAUCAUGAAAGUCAUGGGUAACAAGAUUACCUACCACUCUCCUAGCCGUGGUUCCUCCAUGGAGAUGGGCGCUGCUAUCACCGUUCUGGUUUUCUCGCAAUACUCCCUUCCCGUCUCAACUUCGAUGUGUAUUACCGGUGCAACUGUUGGUGUGGGUCUUUGCAACGGAACUCUCAAGGCAGUCAACUUCCAGCGAGUUGGUCUGCUUCUGCUUGCUUGGAUCAUGACCAUCCCAAUUGCUGGUACCAUUGGAGGAUGUCUCAUGGGUAUUGUCCUUAAUGCGCCUCACUUUUAG